CAUUGCUGCUUCACGGGGAAAUGGAAGUCUUGUAUCUCUUAUGCUCAAUCCUCAAUCCUAUCCACAUUUUUCACUUCCCUCGCUUUCUCUCUCCUUCUGCCCUUCCGCUUCCUCCUCACGCGCCACCGUCAUCCUCCUCCUUCACUCUCCACCAUCCAAAUUGAAGCCGUUUCUCUCUACGAAGGUAUCGUAUGGCACGAGCGUCGCCGCCCCGUCCGCCAUUCUUUCCGGUACUCCGUCCGCUACGCUCUUUUCGACCUCGAUCACGCUCCCAACACGCCACCCGAUCACCUCUCCGCCGACGAGGUUCGUAGGUUUACCAAAACUGACGGCCCUGUUUUUCUGCUAACAAUUCCUCCAAGCGUGGGGUACGAACAGAAUCCAUUGAGCAUAUAUUAUUGCUAUGAUUUGGAGGGAAACACUAAGCUUCUGAAGAAAUGCAUAGCUGAGGUGACUAAUACACCCUGGGGCGAAAGAGUAUUAUUUGUUUUUGACCCAAAUUCUGAUUUAGUGGCAAAACCAUUGCAUGUCAGCCCUUUCAUGGAUAUGCUCGGGAGUUGGAGCCUUAAAGCAAAUGCUCCUGAUCAAAAUUUACUAGUUACAAUUUCUGUUCAACACCCUGAGCUUGGUGAUUAUUUUCUGGCCACCUUGAAAGCCAAAAGAAUCUCCCCGGAAUCAGUGCAUGAUCAUGCACUAUUUUUAUGGUUGAUGCCUCAUAAGGUUGCCCUGUGGAUAUAAUGGCAUGCUCUGAAGCUAUGGUGGAAAAAUGUGUCAUUCAUACAACACCCAAGGUACACAAAUCCGUCAUACAGGGAGGAUGCUUCGAAUCGUGAUAGAAAACUGCAAUGAUGUCCAGUAUUGAGAUCGAACAAAGACGAACACAUGCAGGUUGGAGGGAGUGAUUUGGUAACCGAGGUUGAGAGAUACCACGGGGAACGAUAUUUUGUAUGGAGAGAUGCUAAGUGGCCAUGGUCAUGAAUACUACAAUCAAUAUUGAGCUUGCAUGCCAAACAAAAGAAGAAAUAAUGUUCUAUUCAAGACCAGUGUUGGAUAUUGCAUUAUGGUAAUUAAUUGUCAUGAACUAGGGCAAUUUAAAGGUGGAGAGAUCUUGCCUUGAAGACCUUAACUGGCUAAUUACAAUAGCUGUGAAGUUUAUUACUUAAACUUUAUGUUAAAACUAUGUUUUAAUCCAGUCUGUC